GCUCCCGGAGUCCCCCUCCCGCCGCGCCCGAGGCGGCUCCCUCCCUCUAUUGCCCGUAUCCCCCACUCCCCCGCCUCGGCCAUGGAAGAGGCAUCCCGGCUGCUGGCGGGUCUCGCUCCUCCUCCUGGGGCCGCCGGAGAUCCCUCGCCCCACAGACUUCAAGCGCCUCCAGGCCCACCCCAGCCCCAGGGAGCCCCCGGACUUCAGGACACGGGUGACAUCUUGCAGCAGAUUAUGGCCAUCACCGAUCAGAGCCUGGACGAAGCACAGGCCAGGAAACAUGCCUUGAAUUGCCACCGAAUGAAACCUGCUCUUUUCAGUGUGCUAUGUGAUAUUAAAGAAAAAACAGUCACCAUGAUAAUAGCAGGUGAUGCCUUUUAUGCUGUGUCUGGCAUAAAAUCGUUUAGCAGUCUCAGCAAACUGAGAGCGGAGGGAAAUGAUAUGUAUGGAAUACUGAAAGGAGAGGUAGACGAACUGGAUCUCUAUCUCAUGCUUCAAAGUAUAGAUGAAGAAAGGGGAGAAAACUUGGCAGAAAUAAUGAGAGUAUCUUUAGCAGAAGCACCAGUGAUAACCAAAGGCAAGCUGAUGAAAGGAAUAGAUGGAGAGUUUCGAGUCUUUAUAAAAUAUGCAAUGAAUAACAAGUUGCAAAGAGAAGUUCACAUAAGACAUGUCAAGAAAACACUUAGAAUACAGAUCCUAACAGGAAUUAUUAUUGUGUUACAGGUCUCCAACUGGUUUGGUAACAAGAGAAUCCGCUACAAGAAAAAUAUGGGAAAAUUCCAGGAAGAGGCCAAUAUUUAUGCAGCCAAAACAGCAGUAGAUGCUACCAAUGUGGUAGCUCAGGGGAACCAAACAAGCUCUCCCCCAACCCCAAAUUCUGGUUCCUCUGGGUCAUUUAAAAUGACAAAUUCUGGAGAUUCCUUUAUAAACCUGCAGUCACUAAGUUCUUACCAGAAUUCACCAGUGGGAGCCAAUGUGCAGUCUCAGAUGGAUUCCUUACACCAUGUCAUACACCAGGCAGGAAGAUAUGACAGCAUUGUGGGAAACCCCUUAUAUUCGACACAGCGCAUUGAUGCUAAUGGCAGCUGGCAGGACGCUACUACCCCUUCAUCAAUCACUUCACCUACUGGAGAUCCAGGAAGCAUUAAUUCAGAUGCAUCUAAUUAAAUGUUUUAGGACCUGUUGAGGAGAGGAAAGAGGUCAUUAGUGUAUCUUGUCAAUGUUGCUCUUUUUUUGCCAAUACUUUUGAUUCUACAACUUGACACACACACAGCUAAUUACCUCAGAUAAAAUAAAAAGAAAAAUGAAAACCAAUGGAAGAUUGUGAUUAUAUAUGGACACCUCUCUACCUCUCGGCAUGAUGUGCUUGAGUUCUUCUUACGUCUGCCCUUUGGGUUCUAAAAGAACUGGCUUCAUUUACCAAAACAAAUUGUUUUUAAAAAAAACGAAUUACCACUUUUAUGCUUAAGAGUUGACUCCAUUUUUCCAGUUUUAAAAAAAUGCAACUGAUUUUAGUUUCUAUGUGUUUUUACUAUAAAAAUUCUGUUUUAGAUGCUAGUUACUAACAAAUAGCCCCUCUUGUAUUGUAAUUGUAUGCGUUAUCUGUAUUGUAAUUUUCUAGAGGAAGACUCUAUCUUUGAACUCAUUAACCAGAACAGGCUAUUGCUUUACCAAAAUGAUUAUUGGACUUUGCUCUUUGAAUAGAAACUUCAUCUUCUGUCACUCUCAUGUAGCUCUAAUUUAAUGUCUUAGAGUAUACACAGACUUGUCUGUGAAUAGAUUUUUGUACAUCUAGGAAAAUGUUAGUAGCAAAGUCAUCACUUUCAGUUUAAAUUUAUCAAAGAAUAAACUUCCAAAGUCUUUUUUUC